AUGUGGAACACCUCAGCCAACUUCAACAGCGAAGUAUGGAACGGCCCCCGUCAAGAUACCUCUGGAUGGAACCAAAACGCGUACGCUUAUAAUCAGUACACCAAGUAUGGAUUCGUGCGACAAGACCAAGUCUGGCCCGUCGACCCCGUCGACGAGAUCGCACGCACCGCCCUGGGCGAGAUGACAAAGUGCUCGCAGGCCUUCAACGCGUGGGAUAGCCCCCUGACCGCCGAGUUCCGCGGGGCGCUGCAGGGGCUGCAGAGCCAGUCCAACGCGGCCGUCGAUGCAUCCAAGGAGGUCAUCAGGCGCCACCUCGAGUUCUGCCACCUCGUCUCGGACAACCUGCACAGCGCGUCGCAGGCGGGGUGGGUACAGUAUGACCAGCGGAUCAUCGGCGCCUCCAACGGCAUCAACUUCGCGUCUUCCGAUCUCUGCUGGAAGGUGAAGAUCCUGCAGGAAGGCAUCGACUACUUCCUCCGCAUUGUCGAAAGCGUCAACACCGGCGCCGCGGCGCAUAAAGCGAGCUGGUGGUCCUGGGGUAGGAUCAAGGAGGCCGUGCCGGCGGUUCUGCGGACGACGGGGUAUAUUAUGGCCGGCGCCGGGACCGUCCUCCGCAUCAUACACCCCGCCGGCGCCCUCGUGGAAAACAUGAUGCAGGCGGUGCAGAACCUGCUUUCGGCCAGCGCCAACAGGAUGGAGAGAUCGCUGGAAGCAUCACAGAGAAAACAGCAGGAUAUCAGCACCAUCGUCCGGCUCAUGAGCACGCUGGCGGGGCAGAUCCAAUCAGUGCAGGAGGCGCUGGUGAACGUCAACACGGGCCAGGCGGUGGUACAGUUGCACAACCAAGCCCUGGCGAUGCAAAUGCGGAUUGAUGUGCAGUUGGCGUCAGCCGCCUCGAUGCAGUGGUCAGGGCUGGGGAUGCGACUGAACAGCGUCAUGCAGUUCUCUCCGCUCAUGUGGCAAGCUCCACAGAAUCCUCCUUACUGA